CAGGCGCGGAUCAAGAAGAUCAUGCAAACUGACGAAGAAAUUGGGAAGGUGGCGGCGGCAGUGCCUGUCAUCAUCUGUAUCCUGUCGGGGCCUGGCCAGGUUGAGGGACGUGGGGUAGGGAGGGAGCCCGGGAUCGCCUUGUUUAGGCUGGGGAUCCCCCACCCGUGUUCUCCUUGACGCUCCUCAGCCCGGGCGCUUGAGCUGUUCCUGGAGUCGCUGUUGAAAAAGGCUUGCCAGGUGACCCAGUCCCGAAAUGCCAAGACCAUGACCACAUCCCACUUGAAGCAGUGCAUUGAGCUGGAGCAGCAGUUUGACUUCUUGAAGGACCUGGUGGCCUCUGUGCCUGACAUGCAGGGAGACGGGGAAGACAACCACAUGGACGGGGACAAGGGUACCCGCAGAUGGACUGUACCUUCCCGAAGGGGCCGGAAGCCAGGAAGCAGUGGCCGGAAGAAUGGUGGGAUGGGAAGCAAAAGCAAGGACAAGAAGCUGUCAGGGACGGACUCGGAGCAGGAGGAUGAGUCUGACGAUACAGACACUGAUGGGGAAGAGGAGACAUCACAGGCCCCACCCCAGGCCAGUCAUCCCCCUGCCCACUUUCAGAGCCCCCCGACACCCUUCAUGCCCUUCACUUCGACUCUGCCUCUGCCCCCAGCACCCCCGGGCCCCUCAGCACCUGACGCAGAGGAUGAAGAGGACUAUGACUCCUAGCGCCCUCUGCCCCCCAGGCCACGCCCCCUUUUAGUUGGUUUUAGUUGCUCUGGGGGGAGGAGAGAAGAUAGAGCUGUUCUUAAAUUUAUUAAAAAAUUAAUAAUAAAAGGGAA